AUGUCAAAUUCACCCCAACCAGUUUACGUGGAAGUGAGAGAUGCUAUCAAAGCCCAGCCAGGGCAUCCUCAUGCCCAUGUUUCUGGAAGAUUUGACACCGCUGUUAUCCUCAGGGAUGAGCGGAGGAUCAAGGUCCUCUUCAAAAUUCCACAUCUACUACAAAUUGGAGCUCAGAGUAUCCUGACACCUAAAGGUUGGCACACAGAGAUGCUUGCCUAUGUGGAGUGGUAUUCCCCUCUUGAACCAGCUGCACAUCAAUCUCACAUGAUGUAUGAGGUGUCUUGGUUACUGCUGAGGGCAGAUGACUAUAUGGUAGUAGAGGACUUCGUAUCCAUGUAUCUUAUGUAUACCUCCAGCGUCUUUCUCGUUGUCUCCUCAACCUACAGUCCCUAUGGACAGGUUCAUCUCAAGGGUCAAUGUCUCCAGACACAAACAGCUGCAAGAGACGAUGUCCAUGAUGUGAGAUCCAUAGGGGUGGAUAUCUUGGAGGAAGGCAACCUUAUCGCUUUCUGGGAGGGCAGUUUGCUGCAGGGAAACCUGUACAGGGGUUGGGUGUCCAAGGUUAGACUUGUGGGGCAGAACUGGAGAGAGAUGCGCGACAUAUAUAUGGUGGACAUCGAGUUGGAUCUCAAGACUCAGCAAGUUAUGAAAGCCAAGGUGCUAACUGCAACGUAA